CAGGGGGGAGGGGGGGUGCUGGGUGCUCACUCCUCGGGCAGCAAGACGGCCGGUACAGAUGGGCUAAGAGGUCACCUUGAGUAUAUAAUUCACCAUCACCACGGCCUGGUCACGUGCUGGACUCGUAAUCGCCAGCAGCGCAAGAAGACUGCACCAGGACGCAGGAGCAGGAACAAGAGAUCCCAGCAUGACCCCACAGUCCCUAUUCCCCUUCACCCUCCUCCUCCUCCUCCUCCUCCCUUCAACCCUCACCGAUGGGAAGGAAAUCAGGAACCUUCAGUCAUGCUUUCCCACCGAGGUCCCGAGGGCGCCUAACGCAAACUUCUCCAAGGAAAUGGUCAAGUUUAGCCUCAAGUUAUUCAGGAACUUCAUGAUGGACAGCGGAGGAAGCACGGAGAAUGUGGUUGUGUCUCCGUUUAGUGUGUGGAGCGCGUUGGUUCUAGUGUAUAUGGCUGCGGAGAGGAAGAGUAAGGAGGAGAUCAAGAAAGCCCUUAAGCUGAACACCAGUAAGGUUGGGACACACUCCGAUUGGACUCUUUUUCUGCAACAGCUAGCAGUGGGACAGAGGCUUCGACAAGACCCACUCCCCACCACCACCAGUAAAAAGGGACAUCGCCAGGCUAAGCAAACUUCAAGUAGCUCCCAAACCAGCAGCUCCUCAGCCUCCCAGGACGCCUCGGAGAGCAGCAGCAGCAGCCAGACCCAGGAAGACGGCACCAAGGCUAUCUCCAUCAAGAGCAAUAGCCAAGUUGAACGGUGUGCGAUCGACAGCAAUGGGGUUAAAACAUGCUCAACCGAUGGUGGUUUGACGCGCACUAAGGACUCCACCGCUACAGAUGCAGAUGGUAGUAGCCUUAGUCGUAGUAGUAGUGGUGGUAAUAAGGGAAUCUCCAGUAGCAGCACCAGUACCAGCAGCAGCAGGACCUGUACGAACGGCGUGUGUCAGACGACGUCGAACUCAGGUGUGAGCGAAACGAAGCAGUCCGAAUCGUGCGCCACGGAUGCCGACGGGGUGAAGGUUUGUACGACGGAAACAUGCACGACCGACUCCACCGGAACGGAAACCUGCUCCACCGAAACUUGUACGACUGAUGAAACUGGGACGGAAACUUGUGCGACUGCACGAUCGGCUAAAGAGACGAAGAAAACAAGAAGCACUGAGGAAACUGCAACAUUGCCAACAUCUGAAGCAAUAGGGAACUCAGCGAGCGACGUCGAGGAAACUGCAACGUCGCCAAUAUCCGAGACCCCAGGAACCUCGGCAAGCAACAUCGAGGAAACUGCAACAUCGCCAACAACAGAAACAACAGGAAACUCGGUGAUUAAUGUCGAAGAAACCGCAAUGUUGCCAAUGGACGCUAACACCACCACCAGUCAGAAUUGCACCACGGACUCCAAUGGUACGGAAACCUGCCCCAACGGAACAUGCAUUACCGACGAAGCUGGCAACACAAACUGCACCGCCGAGGAAACACCAGGGCAAAUGAAGGAUAAAUUAGGAAAAGCGCAAGGCAGUGGGAAUUCCUUUACGAGCAAAAAUUGGGUGUACAUAUCUCAGAGCCUGACACUCAAGCGAUGUCUCAAGGAUGUCUUACCCGAAAUCACACCAAUAGACUUCUCAGACACUCCCUCCGCUGCACAAACCAUAAACUCGGAGGUGGAGCGCGUGACCCAGGGCGUGAUAGCCAGCCUGGUGCAGCCACAGGACUUGGUGGGAGCGGAACUCUUGAUUCUGAAUGCGGUACACUUUAAGGGGGAGUGGAUGACAGCCUUCCCGGUUGAGAACACACAGAUGGAGCCUUUCUACACAGCCCCGGAACCCGCCGACCCAGCAGGGAAUGUGGAAAUGAUGAAGGUGGUCGGGAAUUUUAAAUAUGCCGUCACCACAAAUCUCGAAGCCUCUGCCCUCCUCCUCCCCUACACCUCCUCCUUCGCCCUCCUCCUCCUCCUCCCAGAGCAGGCGGAGACAGGGGUGGAGCGCUUGACCAGGAGACUCAGCUACAGGCGACUUCAGGAUGUAAUGAGCAAGGUGCAGGAAAAUGAAGUUGAGGUUUCCUUGCCGAAGUUUUCCGUGAGCUCACAUCACUCGGAUGGCUUAAAGCAGGCCUUGUCCGCCUCAGGGGUCAGCAGCCUCUUUCAGGAUCCCCUCAACCUGUCCGCCCUCACCUCCACCUCCCUCCGCCUCAAGUCCAUCAUCCAGAAGGCAGCCAUAACAGUGGAUGAGCAGGGAACCACCUUCGACGCAGCCACAGGUCUUCUGGGGACACGAGUGGGACCAGCCAGGGUUAAAUUCGACCGCCCGUUCAUGUUCUUCCUGAUGGACUCCGAGCAUAACAUUCCCUUGGCCGCUGGAGUGUACCGGAAGCCCACCAUGGCCUAGCCCGGUGUGGGUGUGAUACUGUAGUUUUUGUUGAUGUGUUAUUGUUUUCUUUUUCUUCCUUUUUUAUUUUUUUCUCUUCCGUCUUUUAGGUUCUGUGGGAGCUUGAAAGAGACUUGUUGUUGUUGUUUUACCAUUGUUUUCUUUAUUUAUAUGUCAAUAAGUGGGUCACAGGCUCUCCUGGAUGUGACCCUAAAUACAAGCUUGACCUGACCCUGGUGGCCAUAAACGCAUGACUAAGUAGUAUUUAUUUCCAGUUAUUUUCUGUUAGUACUUUCAGAUAUUUAUUAUUUUAUACUUCGCCUCCACUGUCUGCUCAACGGACGAGUAUCAUGCACGAACGCUACUCGUAUGACGCGGCGUAUUUUACCACAAUGUUAGUUUUGUUAGUGUGUGUUUAGGAGAAUCUUCAUGCCCUGGGAAAGGUUAGGCGGGCAGGUGUGUGUUGCGCAAGGCUGACCCUCCUCUCAUUCUCACUGCCAAUGAUUUCACACCCAUGCUCAGCCUACUCUUCCCUUCCCAGAGGUGGAUGACGUAGCCUCACUUCCAAGAUGGUAACACUGUAAUGCCUUGUUAGUGGACGCCUUUGUUAAAUAUAUAUGAUACUUAACCCGGUAGCAGCGACGGGCCAAAUUUGUGGCUUUACCGUGUAGCAGUGACAGGACAAAUUUGUGCCAUGAUAUAAACCCCCCAAAAUAGAUGAUGCAUAAACUGAUCACAAAUGCUUUGAUACAUAUUGUGAAAUGGUUUGUGUGAGCGAUGAUUUUUUCUCAUUUUUCUCGCUUAGAGGGACCAUUAAGAAACAUGAUCCCUGCUGCUACCGGGUUAAAUAUUUCUACAGCCAUUACAGACUCCUACUGCAUUACGAACACCUAUGUAGGCUUCUUGGAAAGUGUUUAUUAAAGUGAGUAAUGUUAAGUAGUCUUUCAGCUGCAUGUAUUUAAGAUUAUUUUUCACCCCCCAGCUUACACCAUGUUUUGACAGCUUGCUCCUGAAGUCUAAUGUUGAGUGGCUUUGUCUGCGUGAUGCUGUGUAUCUGUGGUGUGCUGAGGGCAUAUGGGCAUCUUGUUCUGCUGCAAACCUGUUGUGGACUCUGUUAUGUUUUUAGUUUUGUGCAGCACCCAUGUACUGCAACCUUGUAAUAUUAAAAUGUAUUGAAUGCA